AUGGACAGCGCCGGCGGGAUUUUCCACACGGGCUACAGCUACGGCGGUCAAUUAACGCCGGAGAGGAAGCUCUCCGAUGCCAAGACCGGCGAUCCUUUCGUAAUUGAGGACCUAUUGGACUUCCCCAGCGACGACGGCGGUGGCCUCGAGGCGGCGGUGGCGGUGGAGAACACUUCGUUAUCAUCUGUCAACACGGCCGAGGAUCCGCCGCUGGGUGGCUUCCACUCCGCCGGCGGUCACUUUUCCGGUGAACUUUCUUUGCCGUACGAUGACGUGGCCGAGCUAGAAUGGCUCUCCAACUUCGUCGAGGACUCCUUCUCAAGCGAGGAGGACCUCCACAAGCUUCACCUCAUCCAAGGAACCAAGGCUCGACCUGAAAACCAAACCCGGGCCAACCACAAACACAAAUUCCAGCCCGAACCCGCCCGACCUGAAAUCCCCAUCCCCGCCAAGGCCCGCAGCAAGCGCUCCCGCGCUGCCUCUGGGAAUUGGGCCUCCCACCUCCUCUGGGCCGAGUCCGAGGCCACGGGGUCCACGGACCAGCUCGGCCCACAGAAGGGGACUGGGCCCGGGCCCGCCGGCGGCAGGGAGGAGGGGAGGCGGUGCCUUCACUGCUCGACGGACAAGACCCCACAGUGGAGGACCGGGCCCAUGGGCCCGAAGACGCUGUGCAACGCGUGUGGGGUACGGUACAAAUCGGGCCGGCUGGUGCCCGAGUACAGGCCCGCGGCAAGCCCAACUUUCGUCCUCACGAAGCACUCGAACUCGCACAGGAAGGUGCUCGAGCUGAGGCGGCAGAAGGAGAUGGUGCGGGCCCACCAGCAGCAGCAGAAUGUGAUGUUUGAUGUAUCCAACGGUGAGGAUUACUUGAUUCAUCAACACGUAGGGCCAGAUUUCAGGCAGAUGAUUUAG